UGUGUGUGUGUGUGUGCGCACAUGUGUGUCAAGGGGGGGGGGGGGGGUGAAAAGGAAACAAAAAAAAACAUAUCCUCGAACGGCGAAAUAGCAGGUGUGCUUACUGAAGUAGACCGGGCAGGAACAGUAGCAGGAGAAGCAGGACAGAAAGCCAAACAGAGAAAAUAAAGGCAUGUUAGCCCUGGAGCUGAGAGCCCAGGUCCGGAGUUAAACCGCACAAUACAGGAACGCAGAAAUAGCAGCUCCACUCCGAAAGUAACUGCGGGAAAAUCACGGCAGACACUGACAUACCGAGGAAGCAAUGGAGGGAGCAGAGGGCAGGAGAGAAGGUGGAUGGAGCGGACGUGGUGGCGGCGCUGGGGCCGGGCGUCUCUCGGCCCUCCAGGAGCAGCUGCUCUGGUCCUUGCUCAGCUCCGGCGUCUCACGAGAGGUGCUGAUCCAGGCCCUGAGCGAGCUGGAGCAGGAGAGGUCCGCUACAGGGGCCGGAGGAACAGCCACCGGCGGCAGCAGCGGCGGUGUGGACAAGACGGAGAGGGGAGACGGCGAGAGUUCCGAGGAGGGAGAGGAGUUCCCUCCCAUUUACCGCGAGCUGGAGCAUCUGCCACCCGAGGAGGCAGCAAGGCAGCGUGCCGAAGUGGACCAGCUGCUGCAAGCGGACCCCUGGAGAGUGGCCAAGCUGGUGAAGAGCUACAUGCUGCAGCACAACCUUCCCCAAAGGGAGGUGGUUGAGUCCACAGGCCUGAACCAGUCACACUUGUCCCAGCACCUUAACAAGGGCACGCCCAUGAAGAACCAGAAGCGUGCCGCGCUCUACAGCUGGUACGUCAGGAAGCAGUGCGAGAUCAAUCAGCAGUUCACCAAUGCGAGUCGAGGCAUGGGGACAGGGGAGGAGGCGGGAGAGGAAGGCAGAAAAGGCAGGAGGAACAGGUUCAAAUGGGGCCCUGCGUCCCAGCAGAUCCUCUAUCAGGCCUACGAACGACAAAAGAACCCCAGCAAGGAGGAGAGAGAGGGCCUGGUGGAUGAGUGCAACAGAGCUGAGUGUCUACAGCGUGGGGUGUCCCCCUCUCAGCUGGCGGGUCUGGGCUCUAACCUGGUGACAGAGGUUCGGGUGUACAACUGGUUCGCCAACCGCCGCAAAGAGGAGGCCUUCCGCCACAAACUGGCCCUGGACACGCCCUAUAGUAGCCAGUCAGCGCCCACCGGUGCCUACACACUGUCUGCCAGCCCUAUGCAAGGACUGAAAUAUGGUCAUCCGGUGAUCUGUGAGAAUCUGGUGUCUGUGAGAGGGGCUGGAGGAGCCAGUGGGGGGGAGCAUGGCCACAGCACAGCAUCAGCACGGUUGGCCACACCCGAGCAACUGGAGCCCAGCCACAACCUGCUCGAUGCAAACCAUCACAAACAGGUGUCAGGGGGAGGCUCUCUCCCUCCAGUCAGCACACUGACCUCCCUGCAUGGAGUCUCCAGGUCGUCCACCCCCCACCAGAGCCUCAUCAUGGCCUCACUCCCCAGCGUCAUGAGUCUGGGGGACUCGUCAUUACUGAUUGGUCUGGCUUCCACCCAGCCUCAGACAGUUCCUGUCAUCAACAACGUAGGGGGCGGGUUUACCACCCUUCAGCCAAUCUCCUUUCAGCAACAGCUACACUCAUCCUCCCAGCAGUCAAUCACCCAGCAGCUUCCAGGGCAUCUUGCAUCCAGUUCCUUCAUGGCCACCAUGGCUCAGCUUCCUUGCCACAUGUACAGCAAGUCUGAUCUCUGUGCAUACACCCACUCGGGCCUGCUGCCCCAGGCCAUGGUCAUCACAGACAGCAGCAGCAGCAUCGGAACACUCACCAACCUCACUGCAGUGAGACAGAUAUUUACAUCAGAUCCUGAGGAGCAAGAGGGGCCCAUCACUGAGGACUCCAUGCAUCUACAGUCAAACUCCCCUGUACCAGUAUCUACUGGAGGUUUGGAUCUGUAUCCGUCAUCUCAGUCCAGUGAGCCCCAUUCGUCUCACCUCCUGUCCUCUCCACAAGCAGACGUCGACCCCUACAUACCUGCACAGAUGGUAUCUACUGCUCAGUAGCAGAUUCAGAGGGACAAUCCAUUUCAUCCCUUUUAGGGGUGCAAAGGCAUUCUGAGAACAAAAGCACCAGGGACAGUGAAGGCUGUCUUUGAAACAAAAUGACAGGGGCACAGAGAGAAAUGAACUACCUCUGCUCCUCUAAUCUACGAAAGAUUAUCUGUAAAAUACUGAAGACUGGGACCCCAAAUCUGUCUGGUUUGGCCGGUGCUAUGCUGCCUAAAUGUGGACUCAAUAUUAGUAAAACAAAGUACCAUGAACUUGCAUAUUAAAAGGUGCAGAUUUGUUGUACUGAAAAAUGCACCUAAAUGACCUAUGAAUAAUUCCAGAACACGAGUGGAGAUAAUUCCAUCAAUUCUUAUGUAGUGGUAUGUAUUAGGGCCUGAAGCUGUAAAAAUUGGUACAAUAAAUUGUUUGAAGCAGGUAGAAAGGAUCAAUACAUUGCAUCACAUCAAUAAACUUACAAUUGCCAAAUACAUUCAGGAAAACAACAAUGCAACUGCACAUUUGAUAUGCCAGAUAAAUAGUGUUGUUUUCAGGUUACAGUGUUCGUACUGCUUAGACCAAUUGACUGUUGUUUUCGUGUGUAUACUGAAUGUAAAAUUCUGCUUUAAUAAUAAAAAAAAACUGCCAUAGAAGAAAUUCAA